UGUCUUCCAGCAUUGCUAUUUCUCAAUCUCAGUGUAAAGGCUGCAGAAGUUCCUCAAACGGACUUUUAAACACCUUCAGUAGAAGAACCAUGUUAAGGGUCAGUGGAGUAUGACAGAGAGGAGCAUUUUCUGCUUUGUGUCCUGUAGAGCUGCUGUCUGUUCAUGAAACCGGUGUUGUGGUGAAUGUGUUGAAGGUCUUGUCAUGGAGGGCUACUGGGCGGUUUUGUUCUCCGUGCUGAAGGUUUGGUUCAGCUGUGUUAUAGUCCUGAUCAUGUUUCCUGCAAUGUUUGGGAUCUCGCUGGGCAUCACUGAGACCUACAUGAAGCUCCUUAUCAAAACCUUAGAGUGGGCAACACACAGAAUCCAAAGGGCGAGUCGAGCUGAGGAAAUACUGAAAGAGUCUGCAUCAAAUGGUUUAAUUCAACGGGAUAAUUCGUCAUUGGAGCAGGAGAUCGAAGAAUUGCGUCGGAACAGGCCGAAGUCUGCAGAUCGCGGAGACUUCACUCUGAGUGACGUCCUGUACUUCAGCAGGAAAGGUUUUGAGAGUAUCGUGGAGGACGAUGUGACGCAGAGAUUUACCUCAGAGGAGCUGGUGUCCUGGAACCUGCUCACACGAACCAACAACAACUUCCAGUACAUUUCUCUCAGGCUCACUGUACUGUGGGUGGUCGGUGUGGUCGUGAGAUACUGCAUACUUCUUCCUCUACGGAUUACUCUUACAACAAUAGGGCUGACCUGGUUGGUAAUCGGCACAACGACGGUGGGUUUCCUCCCUAAUUGCAGAGUGAAGGAUUGGUUGAGUGAGCUGGUCCACCUGAUGUGCUACAGGAUCUGUGCAAGAGGCCUUUCAGCUACAAUUCACUUCCACAACAAACAGAACAGACCUAAGAAAGGCGGCAUCUGUGUGGCUAAUCACACUUCACCCAUUGAUGUGGUUAUUCUGGCUAAUGACGGCUGUUACGCCAUGGUGGGGCAGGUUCAUGGUGGUUUAAUGGGAAUCCUACAGAGAGCCAUGGAGCGAUCCUGCCCUCAUAUUUGGUUCGAGAGAUCAGAGAUGAGAGAUCGCCACCUGGUGACACAGAGGUUAAAAGAUCACGUAAAUGCCAAAACAAAGCUGCCAAUACUCAUCUUCCCCGAGGGCACUUGCAUCAAUAAUACAUCAGUAAUGAUGUUUAAAAAGGGAAGUUUCGAAAUUGGAGGAACUAUUUACCCUGUGGCUAUAAAGUAUGAUCCUCAGUUUGGAGAUGCAUUCUGGAACAGCAGCAAAUAUAGUUACAUGAGCUAUCUGCUGCGGAUGAUGACCAGCUGGGCCAUCGUGUGCAACGUCUGGUAUCUGCCUCCAAUGGCACACGAGGAAGGAGAGGACGCUGUGCAGUUUGCCAACAGGGUGAAGUCAACUAUUGCUCAACAAGGAGGUUUAGUGGACUUGGCCUGGGACGGGGGUCUGAAGAGGGCAAAGGUGAAGGAUUCGUUCAAAGAGCAACAGCAGAAGAAGUACAGCCAUAUGGUGGUGGGUGAAGACAGCAGCGACUGAACACUAUUUAUACCAGAAUAUACAGUCGAGAAAUAUUAAAUAUGAAUGAAACUAAAAGAUUAACUGCAGAUGCUGUAGAUCCCAGUUUGAUGAGGACUGCACUGCUUUUCGGUGAAGAGUUGAGAGUGAAAUAAUUGGGUGAAAAAGCUUUUGCAUUUCAUUAAUAUAAUUGUUUGUUUAGUAUUUUUUUGUCAUUGAAAAAAAGCACAGAAUUGUAAUUUCAGAUUCGGCGUUGCUUGAUAUCUCGGAGAAAUUAAAUAACUUAAAAUAUUUACUAAAUAGACUGUAUAUACUACUGCUGCUAAUAUAAAUAAAGAUAUUUAAUAAAUACACUACCUGACAAAAGUCUUGUCACGCAUCCAAGUUUUAGGAACAGCAAAUAAUAACUUGACUUCUAGUUGAUUAUUUGGUAUCAGAAGUGGCUUAUAUGAAAGACAAAGGCAAAGACAAAGGAUUACGCUUAUUUGACCAAAAUAAAAUAUGAUCAUGCCUUGAUUUUGAAUAAUUAGGACAGUAAGGUCUGACUUUGCUUAGACAAAAGUCUUGUCACUUAACAGAAAUAAUGUCCAGUAUAGAAUAUAAAGUCAUGCAGUGGAAAAAGAAUGAAUAUUGUGUCUGACUCCCAUGAGAAUCAUGAGCUUUAUUGCCAGGGAUGUUCACACAUACGAGGAAUUUGUUUUCGUGACAGAGCUUCUACAGUGCAACAGAAUUACAGACACAGAACAAUAAACAGAUCAUAUAUAUAUAUUUAUAAAAAGCAGUAAGUAGUGAAUGCAAAUAUACAAAUAGACAAGUGUAUGUAGAGCUACAUUACUAUAUACAACCUUAUAUGUGCAGCUGUUAUGUGCAGAUUGGCAUGUAGAGUGUGUUGUUAAAUAAGUGUAUAUGUGUAUAAAAGUGUAUAGCAAGUAGUGAUGUUGGUUCCACAUUUAUUAUUAUAAAGUGUUCAUGAGAUGGAUUGCCUGAGGGAAGAAACUGUUUCUGUGUCGGGCUGUUCUGGUGCGCAGUGCUCUGUAGCGUCGACCAGAAUGUAACAGUUCAAAGAGGCAGUGUGCUGGGUGUGAGGGGUCCAGAGUGAUUUUGGCAGCCCUUCUGCUCGCUCUGGAUAAGUACAGUUCUUGGGGAGUAGGAAGGGUUGUACCAGUGAUUCGCUCAGCAGUCCGAACUAUUCAACGUAGUCUUUGGAGAUCGUAUUUGGUAGCUGAGCUAAACCAGACAGUUAUUGAUGUGCAGAUGACUGAUUCAAUGAUGGAGGUGUAGAACUGUUUCAGCAGCUCCUUUGGGAGGUUAAACUUCCUCAGCUGACGAAGAAAGUACAGCCUCUGUUGAGCUUUUUUGACAAUGGAGUCAAUGUGAGCGUCCCACUUCAGGUCCUGAGAGAUGGUGGUGCCCAGGAACCUGAAUGACUCCACUGCUGCCACAAUGCUGUCCAUGAUGCUCAGUGGGGGAAGAGCAGGGGGGUUUCUCCUGAAGUCCACUAUCAUCUCCACUGUUUUGAGCGUGUUGAGCUCCAGGUUGUUGUGACUGCAACAACCUAGAGCUUAGAUGAGCUUGGAGGACUGCAUCCAUACAUCUCUGCACUGACUCAAAUCACUUAUUAAUAAAGUCAUCUGGAAUGGCAAAGAAAGCGUUCUUGCAGGACUCCCAGAGUUCAUCAAGAUUCUUUGGAUUCAUCUUCAAUGCCUUCUCCUUAAUCUUACCUCAGACAUGCUCAAUAAUGUUCAUUCUGGUCACUGGGCUGGCCAAUCCUGGAGCACCUUGACCUUCUUUGCUUUCAGGAUGUGGAGGCUGAGGUAUGAGAAGGAGCGCUAUCCUGCUGAAGAAUUUGCCCUCUCCUGUGGCUUCGAAUGUAAUGGGCAGCACAAAUGUCUUGAUACCUCAGGCUGUUGAUGUUGCCAUCCACUGAUGUUGCAGAUCUCUCGCAUGCCCCCAUACUGAAUGUAACUCCAAACCAUGAUUUUUCCUUCACCAAACUUGACUGAUUUCUGUGAAUCUUGGGUCCAUGCAGGUCCCAGUAGGUCUUCUGCAGUAGUUGUGAUGUCCGGAAUACAGUUCAACAGAUGAUUCAUCAGAUAAAUCUACCUUCUGCCACUUUUCCAAAUGAUCAACUAGAAGUCAAGUUAUUAUUUGUUACUCUUACAACCGGGAUCCACGACAAGACUUUUGUCAGGUAGUGUAUGGGGGAUAUGAAUGGAAAUGCAUAUGCUUUAUUAUCUCCCAGUUUGGCAUAGGAUGCACAGCUUUUCUGUGAAGAGAUUUAAUUGUCAGAAAUGAUAUUAGUUGAAAAAGCUUUUGCAUUUUAUUGAUGUUAUAAUGGACGGAUUUGUAAAUUGGUGUUUGGGGUUAACAUUAAUUUCUGUGUGCUAAUUUAUUUCCCAGAGCAAAUAAAUCUUUGUGGUUUUUAA